GGACUACAACUCUCGCGGUGCCCCGCGCGCGCCCGCAGCCCCGCUCCCACCGCGCCGCGCGCCUCCCGGAAGUGGGGCUCCGUGGGGGGCGUCUCCGAUCCUUGCGCGGGGGCGGGCCGGCAGGUUUUGGGGAGGCUGCGUGAGCUAGGAAGCCGAUGCGGGCGAGCGGCGCUGGCGAUGGCUUCGGCUGUAGGCGGCGACUGCGAGGGCGCCGCGCACGAGGCCGACCGUCCUCACCAGCGGCCCUUCUUGAUCGGGGUGAGCGGCGGUACCGCGAGCGGCAAGUCAACUGUGUGCGAGAAGAUCAUGGAGCUGCUGGGACAGAAUGAAGUAGACCACCGGCAGCGGAAGUUGGUCAUCCUGAGCCAAGACAGGUUCUAUAAGGUUCUGACCACGGAACAGAAGGCCAAGGCCUUGAAGGGACAGUACAAUUUCGACCAUCCAGAUGCUUUUGAUAACGAUUUGAUGCACAGGACUCUGAAAAACAUUGUGGAGGGCAAAACAGUCGAGGUCCCAAUCUAUGAUUUUGUGACCCACUCAAGGUUAGCAGAGACCACGGUGGUCUACCCCGCAGAUGUGGUCCUGUUCGAGGGCAUCCUGGUCUUCUACAGCCAGGAGAUCCGGGACAUGUUCCAUCUGCGACUCUUUGUGGACACUGACUCUGACGUCAGGCUGUCACGAAGAGUUCUCCGGGACGUGCACCGCGGCCGGGACCUGGAGCAGAUCCUGACGCAGUACACCACCUUUGUCAAGCCGGCCUUCGAGGAGUUCUGCCUGCCGACAAAGAAGUAUGCUGAUGUGAUAAUCCCUCGAGGGGUUGACAAUAUGGUGGCCAUCAACCUUAUCGUGCAGCACAUCCAGGACAUCCUCAACGGCGACAUCUGCAAGUGGCAUCGCGGAGGGUCUAACGGGCGCAGCUACAAGAGGACGUUUCCUGAGCCGGGAGACCACCCCAGGGUGCUGACCUCUGGCAAACGGUCGCACCUGGAGUCCAGCAGCAGGCCCCACUGAGGAGUGGAGUGCUCAGCUCCCGGCGGGUCCGGAGAUGCCCUCCCGCCCCUAAACACACAACCGUGGCCGGGGUGGUGCUGGAGUCCAGGCGUCCCUCGCUAAUUCGGGCAACCUGGACGAGUUACUCAGACUGGGUCUGACAGGAUGUCUGCAGGCAGCCCUGACCUUUCCACCCGCUUCCUCACAUUACAGAGGCUUAAAGGUCUCUUUAGUUACUGAGAAACGCCACAACGUGUGGUGAGCAAGUCACAUAUUUUGGGGAACGUUGAAGAAAUAGCCCGGACGCUGUGAUUUUGACGGUGAACCCACAGCAAGAGAGACUAGUAUGAUCUGGUUCACACACAUGUAACUGAGAAGUGUGAAGAGGUAACACUCUUCCUUUUUAUGUGUUAUACAACCACAUGUUUUCUGUUGUAGUCUGUCUCCUGACACCAUGCUCGCUGUGACCUAGUAACCCAAUUUCAUGACCCACCAGUGGGGUCGUGCUCCUGGUACACGCUGACCUGGUACACGAGGGGCCGUAGAGAGGCUUCCUUCCUUCCGGCCUGUGCUCUGAAGGCAGAGCCAGGAGGGAGCCCUGGGGAGCAAGCUUUUCCGUAACCAGCACCAAACACACAGGCGGGGCCCCCACUUGCCCAGCCUGAGUCUGCCUGCUUGGGGGUCUGCCUUCUGGCGGGCACAGUGUCCUCAUGCAGUCCUACUCUGGGCCCCUGAGCCCAGGCUGCUGUCUGGACAGGUCUUUCCUGGUGUCGCCCUCGGCCAGGUCAAGGGCACGUCACCUCCAGUCAAGGCGUGUGUGGACCAGAGAGGCGUGAGCAGAUGCCGCGGGCCAAGGGUGGCCAGUCCCCUGUGCUCACGCAGCGUCCGCGCCUCACCAACAGUCAUGGUCUUGUCCUCGUUUGUCCUCCCUCCCACGUGGCUGUUUCUGUAAAAGCCACCAGCUGUCGCGUUCUAACUGUAGUUACACAGAGACAUCAGUUGAGCUCAGCUGAGCACGGUGGCUGAUUUCUGAUGACUGUGAAAGUUUUGUCAAACUUAUUGUGCCCUUUCGGAGAGAUCCAAUAAAUACCAAAU